AUGAAUUUUCCUCAAGAUACAUUUAUGAGUGAACAAGCAAGAAAAGAAUUUGAUCAGCAUCAUUCAAAUUUUCAAACGCCAUGGAUAAAUCCAUAUUCAACACCAUCACAACAAAUGACACCACUUACAACAUCUGGAGCUUCUUCACCAAGUUCUUCAGAUACAACUGGUUUUUCACCAGCUCAUUUAUCAUCACCAUCUCAUAUGUCACCAUCACCUUAUCAUCAAAUACCAGCACCAUCCAAUUAUUAUCCACAAUCAACAAGAAAUUAUUCAUCAACAUCACCUACUUAUUCACCAAAUUCUCCAAGCUAUUCUCCAAUAUCACCAAGAUAUCCAUCAAGUGAUCCAAUUAAUAUUUAUGGAUCAAAAUGA